AUGGAUUGUUGUAUUAAUUUAUAUGUGGUAUUUACAAAUAAAUUUAUUAAUAUAAACUACUGUCCAAAAUAUAACGAGCCUUAUUAUAAGUUUUGCAAAACAUCAAGGGUACCCAGAAAAAGUACUGCUUAUUGGUCACUUAUAAGUUUACUCCAGAUACAGUAUAAAGAUAAAGCUCAAGCUGAGACUAGUGCUUCUAG